GGCAGAUAAAGGUGCUGCCGUCGAGCAGGUCUGGACAUUCACAACACACAGCUCCCACGGCUGAGGAGAGGAGAGGAGAGAAGACAAGGACAAGACACCAGAGGAAGACACCCAAGUGCUUGGAGUAUGAACAGUCUCGCACUCCUUGUUCCCCUGUGGGCGCUGGGCUUUCUCGUGUGCGAAGGAGGUAGUAACCCAUGUUGCUCAGAGCCAUGUCAGAACAAGGGCGUCUGCAUGGCAACUGGAGCAGACUACGAGUGUGACUGCACACGGACAGGAUAUAAUGGACAAAACUGCACCACACCCGAUUUCCUCACCUGGAUCAAAAUUUCGCUGAAGCCGUCGCCCAACACAGUCCACUACCUUCUCACCCACUUCAAGGGCUUCUGGAAUAUCGUCAACAGCAUCCUGUUUCUCCGGGAUGCCAUUAUGAGAUAUGUGCUGACAUCCCGAUCCCACAUGAUUGAUAGUCCGCCAACUUACAAUGCGGAUUAUGGUUACAAAAGCUGGGAAGCCUAUUCCAAUCUGUCCUGCUACACGCGCACCCUCCCCCCCGUACCUGAGGAUUGCCCAACCCCCAUGGGUGUCGUAGGUAAAAAAGAGCUGCCCGAUAUCAAACUUCUGGCUGAAAAGCUCCUGAUGAGGAGACAGUUUAUCCCGGACCCGCAGGGCACCAGCCUGAUGUUUGCAUUCUUUGCACAGCACUUCACCCACCAGUUCUUCAAAUCUGAUAUGAAGAAAGGACCUGCUUUCACCCUGGCUAAAGGUCACGGGGUGGACCUCAACCACAUCUAUGGAGACAACCUGGAGAGGCAACACAAGCUCAGACUCUUCAAGGACGGCAAGCUUAAGUAUCAGAUUGUGAAGGGAGAGAUGUAUCCCCCAACAGUAAAGGAAGUGGGUGCGGACAUGCACUACCCUCCUCAUGUCCCCGACUCUCACCGCUUCGCCGUGGGCCACGAGGCGUUCGGCCUGGUCCCCGGUCUGAUGAUGUAUGCCACCAUUUGGCUGCGGGAACACAACCGGGUGUGUGAUGUGCUGAAGGAAGUGCACCCCGACUGGGAUGACGAAAGACUCUUCCAGACAACGCGACUCAUCCUGAUCGGUGAGACCAUCAAGAUUGUGAUCGAGGACUACGUGCAGCACCUGAGCGGCUAUCACUUCAAGCUCAAGUUCGACCCCGAGCUGCUCUUCAACCAGCGUUUCCAGUACCAGAACCGCAUUGCUUCGGAAUUCAACACCCUCUACCACUGGCACCCGCUGAUGCCCGAUUCCUUCCACAUCGAGGAGAAAGAUUACAGCUACAAAGAGUUUGUCUUCAACACCUCCGUGGUGACCGAGCACGGCAUCAGCAACCUGGUGGAGUCAUUUACCAAGCAGAUCGCUGGACGGGUUGCUGGUGGCCGCAAUGUCCCUGGAGCUGUCAUGUACGUGGCCAUUAAGUCCAUAGAGAACAGCCGAAAAAUGCGUUACCAGUCUCUGAAUGCCUACAGGAAACGAUUCAGCAUGAAGCCCUACAGCUCUUUUGAGGACAUGACAGGAGAGACUGAAAUGGCAGCCGUGCUGGAGGAGAUGUACGGACAUGUCGACGCUGUAGAGCUCUACCCAGGCCUGCUCGUGGAGAAACCCAGGGAUAAGGCCAUCUUCGGUGAGACCAUGGUGGAGAUGGGGGCUCCUUACUCCCUCAAGGGCCUAAUGGGAAACCCCAUCUGCUCCCCGGAGUACUGGAAGCCCAGCACCUUCGGCGGAAGCAUAGGCUUUGACAUCGUCAACACCGCCUCCCUGCAGAGGCUCGUGUGCAACAACGUGCAGGGCCCCUGUCCCGUGGCGUCCUUUCACGUGCCAGACAUUGAAGAGACGGAGCCCAUGAUCAUCAACUCCAGCACGUCCCACUCACGCGGCAGUGACAUCAACCCGACAGUAAUUUUGAAAGAAAGGACUACUGACCUCUAAUCUCUUAUUAUCUCAUUAGGGAAUUGUUUUCGAUAUGUAUUUAUUUAUUUAUUUAUGUAUUUCUAUUUCCAUAUUUAUUGUUAACUAUUUAUAGCCUAACAAAUUACAACGCAAAGCAGAUUUGUGUUUUUUUUUACAUCGAAUUGUGUAUGUUUUUGUCUAUUUUCAAGAACAAAAGCCAGCGGUUGUUUAUUUAUUGAUGAUUAAUUGUAUUAUAAGAUUAUUGUUGUAAGAGUAAUAUAAUGACCUCAGUCACUGCAACUUGAUACUUGAAGAUUAGUUUACAGUUUCAACUACAUAGUAAAGGAAAUAACACUGCUUUCCAUAGAUUAACUGCUGCUCUCUUAAUCAUGUUCAUGCAGUUGUAUGGUAGUUCCACCACAGUGAUCUGUUUUACAGACAGCAAUACAGUGGUACACUAUAGUAGUGAUGUUCACUGUCAACUACAUGACUGAUCUUAUCUCUCUUGAUCUGAUGAACUGUAGUGGAUUCCUAUAUCAGUAUUGUUUUAAAGAUUUUUUUUUUCCUCUACUUUAUAUUGACUCAUCUAAAUUGACAUUGAUGAAUCUGUGUCUAAGCUGCACUGUUGUUUGAUAUUUCUAUGAACGUGUUUCAUUUGAUUGUAUGGGACCAUCUUUUUUUGCCAAUUCUGUUAUCAAUGCCUGUUGACUUGCAAGAUUGACACCAAUAAAUAUUAGUAGGAAACGA